AAUUCAUCUCCACCUUGUCUUCCUCAAUCCGGUGUCCUGUAAAUACGCGGUUGCCGUCGCUGCCGCUCAUCUUUCCUGUCUGGCGCUUCGCAAACACCACACCUGAGGUACUUCUGCGGCCUCUUUAUAAGCCUGCAGCCCUCGAAGCGGCAACUCAAUCCGGGUUUCUCUGCAAUUGAUAUCACCAACAUGGCCGCGAACCCUUCUCCCCGUGAGCGCAAGCCCUCGACGAGCGCUCCACUUGCCGACCUCAAGGGUCCCGUUGGCCCCUCUUUCAGCAGACCCAAGCACAAGAGGACUGUAACUGGCUUUGGCCCCAGCGAGAUCAAAAACGUGGAAGCGAGUAUUCCAGAGCCUCAACGCGAGGCAUGGAGGAAGUUUAUGCCCAAGCCUUUCUCUACUUCCGACGACUUUACCAAAGACGCCGUUCGCCACAUCGAGACUACCCUGGCGCGCUCCCUCUUCAACUGCGAUGAGGCCGCCGCGUAUUCUGGAACCGCCCUUGCCUUCAGGGAUCGCUUGGUCCUGGACUGGAACAAGACACAACAGAGUCAGACCUUUGCUGAUCAGAAGCGCGUAUACUAUCUGUCCCUCGAGUUCUUGAUGGGCCGCGCCCUGGACAAUGCCAUGCUCAAUGUCGAGCAGAAGGAUAUUGCUACUAAGGGUCUUAGUGACCUUGGCUUCCGCAUGGAGGACAUCAUCUCCCAAGAGCACGAUGCAGCCCUAGGAAACGGUGGUCUCGGACGCCUUGCAGCCUGUUUCCUCGACUCGAUGGCAUCUCUCAACUACCCAGCCUGGGGUUACGGCCUACGGUACCGAUAUGGUAUCUUUAAGCAGGAGAUCCACGACGGAUACCAGGUCGAGGUUCCAGACUACUGGCUUGACUUCAACCCAUGGGAGUUCCAGCGCCACGACAUCGAGGUUGAUAUACAGUUCUAUGGACACGUCAACCGCUGGCAGGACGAUGAGGGCAAGCAGCAAUCCUCAUGGGAAGGCGGCGAGAUUGUCAAAGCUGUUGCUUAUGACGUCCCAGUUCCCGGCUACAAGACUGGCACUUGCAACAACCUGCGUCUCUGGGGAAGCAAGGCUGCCAGCGGCGAAUUCGACUUCCAGAAGUUCAACUCUGGUGAAUACGAGAGCUCAGUAGCUGAUCAGCAGCGAGCUGAGACUAUUUCUGCUGUCCUCUACCCCAACGACAACCUUGACCGUGGUAAGGAGCUCCGCCUGAAGCAACAGUACUUUUGGUGCGCGGCUUCGCUCUACGACAUCGUGCGGCGAUUCAAGAAGAGUCAGCGCGCCUGGAAGGAGUUCCCCAACCAAGUCGCGAUUCAGCUUAAUGAUACCCACCCAACGCUCGCUAUCCCUGAGCUUCAGAGAAUCCUAGUCGAUCUCGAGGGCCUGGAGUGGGAUGAGGCAUGGAACAUCGUUCAGAAGACAUUCGGAUACACCAACCAUACUGUGCUACCUGAAGCGCUCGAGAAGUGGUCCGUCCCGCUCAUGCAGCAUCUCCUCCCACGCCACCUCCAGAUCAUCUAUGAGAUCAAUCUGCAUUUCCUUCAGUUCGUCGAGCGCAACUUUCCCAAGGACCGCGACAUGCUCGGUCGCGUUUCGAUCAUCGAGGAAUCGCAGCCUAAGAUGGUCCGCAUGGCAUACCUUGCGUUGAUUGGCUCACACAAGGUCAAUGGUGUAGCUGAACUGCAUUCCGACCUGAUUAAGACUACAAUUUUCAAAGACUUUGUCAAGAUCUACGGACCAGACAAGUUCACAAAUGUCACCAACGGAAUUACCCCGAGAAGAUGGCUCCACCAGGCCAACCCGAAGCUCUCAGCUCUUAUUGCAUCCAAGUUGGGCGGUCACGAAUUCCUGAAGGACCUUACCUUGCUGCACAAGCUUGAGGCGUUUGUUGACGACAAGGAGUUCCGUAAGGAGUUCAGGGACAUCAAGUACGCCAACAAGGUGCGACUCGCGCAACACAUCAUGGAGCACAAUGGCGUCAAGGUCAACCCUGCGGCGCUUUUCGAUGUUCAAGUCAAGCGUAUCCACGAGUACAAACGCCAGCAGCUGAACAUCUUUGGUGUCAUCCACCGUUACCUCCAGAUCAAGGCUAUGUCUCCAGAGGACCGCAAGAAGCUAGCCCCUCGCGUUUCCAUCUUCGGUGGUAAAGCUGCACCAGGUUACUGGAUGGCCAAGACAGUUAUCCAUCUCAUUAACAAGGUGGGUGAUGUCGUCAACAACGACAAGGACGUGGGCGACGCCCUCAAGGUCGUUUACUUGGCCGACUACAACGUCAGCAAGGCCGAGAUCAUCUGCCCUGCCAGUGAUAUUAGUGAGCACAUCUCCACGGCUGGUACUGAGGCGUCUGGUACUAGUAACAUGAAGUUCUGCUUGAACGGUGGUCUCAUCAUUGGAACAUGCGAUGGUGCCAAUAUCGAAAUUACCCGCGAGAUUGGCGACCAAAACAUCUUCCUCUUUGGUAACCUCGCCGAAGAUGUCGAGGACCUCCGUCACGCACACAUGUACUCGCACUACCAGUUGGACCCACAGCUUGCAAACGUCUUCGACGCAAUCCACAACGGCACCUUUGGAGAUGCAGACCAGUUCUCUGCUCUGAUCAACGGCAUCGUGGAUCACGGCGACUACUACCUUGUCUCUGACGACUUUGCGUCGUACAUCAAGACACAGGAGCUCAUUGAUGAGAGCUACAAGAACACUGAGGAGUGGACCACCAAGACCAUCACUACAGUCGCACGUAUGGGCUUCUUCUCCAGUGACAGGUGUAUUGACGAGUAUGCGGAGGCUAUCUGGAACGUCGAACCUCUACAGGUCAAGGCUGAGCCUGCGCCGUAGAGGGAUGGUGGAGAAAUGGUGGAUGCGUUGGUUUCGCGGUAGAUCUUAGAUGGUUACAAGCCUAGAUCCGUAGACCUGACGCCUUGUAUUUACGACAAUAAUGAGAACCCGAUUGCAAUGAACAGGGUAAACUGUGCAUGUGUUUGCUGUCGUGUAAGGCUGUGGUGGUGUCUUGAGGGACUCGGUGCUGGACCCUGAAACGCCGCUCCGAAUGAACCUACGGCAGCGCACGGUCGCGUCGCGCGACGUACGUCAACCGCAAUCUGGCCAGCUCGACGCAAGUUCGCGACAUAUCGAGAGCCUUCACCUCACGAGCAACCAUGGCGAACAGAGGCUACGAUGUCGUC